GAGGGGAGGGAGGAGACGGGAAGACGGGAAAACGUCGGCUGCCGGGCGGUGUCCGUGCGCCUGGCUGCAACGGGAAACCCUACACCGCGGCCGGGGGGGACAAAGCGCUGCGCUCGCCCCGUAUAAAACCCCGCGGGGGGCUGCAGCCACCCGCAGCCGAGCGGGCCCCCAGCCUCCCCCCGGCACGCCAUGGCCACGGGCGAGCUGACCGAGCUGGAGCGGGCCAUCGACACCGUCGUCACCGUCUUCUUCACCUACGCGGGGAAGGAGGGCAGGAAGGGGACGCUGACGGCCGAGGAGUUCAAGGAGCUGGUCCAGCUCCAGCUGCCCAACCUGAUGAAGGACGUCCCCUCCCUGGAGGAGAAGAUGAGGGAGCUGGAUGUGAACAACGACCAGGAGCUGAAGUUCAACGAGUACUGGCGGCUGAUCGGCGAGCUGGCCAGGGCCAUGCGGAGGGAGAAAGCGGAGAAGAAGAAGUGACGGGGACGGGGGGACACUUGGGUGACACGAUGCUAAUAAAAGAGGUUUCCCCGAG